AUGGGUUCCACGGCUGCAUACGCGUUGCCAGAGUCCCACAAGGACCUUAUGCAUAAGUCCUUGGUGGAGACCGAUUCAGAAAUCGCUGCCAUAAUGAAGAAAGAGAUUCAACGGCAACGCGAAUCGAUCGUUCUUAUUGCCUCCGAAAACUUCACGUCCAGAGCCGUCUUCGAUGCACUAGGCUCGCCCAUGUGCAACAAGUACUCCGAAGGCUACCCAGGAGCAAGAUAUUAUGGAGGCAAUGAAUUUAUCGACCAAAUUGAGUUAACUUGCCAAGCACGAGCACUGGAAGCUUUUGGCCUUGAUGCCGAGAAGUGGGGCGUCAACGUGCAGACUUUGAGUGGUAGCCCCGCAAACCUGCAAGUAUACCAGGCCAUAAUGAGACCGCACGAGAGACUGAUGGGAUUGGACUUACCGCAUGGUGGACACUUGAGUCACGGUUACCAAACGCCGCAAAGGAAAAUCUCGGCGAUAUCAACAUACUUCGAAACCUUCCCCUACCGUGUCAAUCUUGAGACUGGUAUCAUCGACUACGAGACGCUCGAAGAGAACGCACUCAUGUACCGACCGAAGGUUCUAGUAGCCGGUACCUCCGCCUACUGCCGUCUGAUUGAUUACAAACGCAUGCGUGAAAUAGCGGAUCUCUGCGGCGCCUACCUGGUUGUUGACAUGGCACAUAUCUCUGGCUUGAUAUCCGCAGGUGUCAUUCCCUCUCCCUUUGAAUACGCCGACAUUGUCACCACGACCACACACAAGUCACUUCGUGGCCCAAGAGGAGCGAUGAUAUUCUAUCGCAAGGGCGUAAGAAAGUCAGAUCCCAAGACCGGUAAACAAAUACUCUAUGAUCUCGAAGGUCCUAUCAACUUUUCCGUCUUUCCUGGUCACCAAGGUGGACCCCACAAUCACACCAUCACAGCCCUAGCUGUUGCGCUCAAGCAGGCUCGGACUCCAGAAUUCAAGCAGUACCAGCAAAAUGUCAUCAGCAACGCCAAGGCCCUGGAGAUAGAGUUCAAGCGUCUAGGAUACAAACUCGUCGCUGACGGCACAGACAGUCACAUGGUUCUCCUUGACUUACGGGCGCACUCUCUUGACGGGGCGCGUGUCGAAGCUGUCCUUGAGCAGGUGAACAUUGCAUGCAACAAGAAUGCGAUUCCAGGGGACAAGUCAGCUCUCACACCAUGUGGUCUUCGCGUCGGAGCCCCGGCAAUGUCAACGCGCGGCAUGGGCGAAGAGGACUUCAAGCGUAUCGCUAACUACAUUGUUACUUGCAUAGGUAUUGCUAAGGAUGUGCAGAAGAGCUUACCAAAGGAGGCGAAUCGACUGAAAGAUUUCAAGGCCAAAGUUGCCGGAGGCGAGUUGCCACCAAUGAAGGAGUUGAAGAAAGAGAUUGCCAACUGGGCAGGCAGUUUCCCUCUGCCUGUUUAG